CUAUUUAUAACAAUUAAUCCCUAUGUUUGGUCCGGCUUUUAGAAGUGUUUUUCGGGUUCAAAAGCUGAAGCAGGGCCAAACACCUGUAAAAGCUCGGCUUUUGAAAAGCCGAAAAGCGCUUUUGUAUAACAUAAAAGCAUAAGCUCCGAUUUGGCACUUUAUAGUCAUUUUACACAAUCUCUUAUAUUAAAAAGCACUUCUAAUAGUUUUACAGCCAAACACUCAACUGCUUUUUUUAAAAGUAUUUAUCUAAAAACUCCAGCCAGACACUGUUUCUGCAAAAACUAUAGCAGAGCCAAACUAAACUAAUAAGUUGAGUUCGAGUUGACGCUCGUGAGUUAAAUGAAGUGUAACAAAAAAACGUAUGCUAAUGAGUUGAGUUAAAAACUUAAAAUCAAACUCAGAACUAAUAAUUUUGAACUAAAUUAUUAAUAUACGAAUGACUUUGAGAUAGAUCAAAACUCAGAUUUAACGGUGGAUAGCCCUGUCCUUAGCCAACUAUAACAUGAUGGCUAACGAGAAGCCAAGCCUGGUUGAGACAAUCACAAUUAUCAAACCCUAAUCCUCUCACAGAUGUCUACCGCCGGAACGAGGAGCCACGGCGUCAUCGGCGGGUGGAUCCCGGAUGAACUACAGACGCAAAUCUUGUCCAGGCUGCGGAAUCCCGCCUCCAUCGCCCGAUUCCGCUGCGUCAGCAAAUCGUGGCGCCGCCUCUUCUCCGACGACCCCGAAUUCGUCGCCAAAAUCCUCUUCUCCUCCACCUCCUCUGACCCGGAGGCACACGUCAUGACCGUUAGCCCCUUCUCUUCCCCAACGACGGCGUACUCCGUCCAUUCCCAAAGCACGCGCCGACCCGUCUCUUCCGGUACUCUGCCCGGGUGGGGGUCCCUCUACAUCGCCGGCUGCGCCGAGGGGAUCCUCUGCCUCACCAGCAUAGUCAUAUUCUCCACCCGCACAAUCAUCCUGUGGAAUCCGACCACUUCAGAGGCCAAGCUAUUGCCGCCCAUUCACGGUUCCGACCACAAUGGAAGCGAUCUCGGGUUCGGGUUCGACCCGGUAACGGAGGACUACAAGGUGAUCGUUUGGAUCUGGGAUCGCAAAUCCCACGAGAUCUUCGUGUACAGCCUGAGGAAGAACUCGUGGCGGCGCCUCCGCUGCUGCUCUGGCGCGGAUCGGUUGGACCACGGCUGCCAAUGCAGAGUCGGCAUUGUGUCGGCGGCGCGAAGCUCCAGAUCGUGCCACUGGAUUUCUGCCGGUGGCGGCAGACGUGGGUAUCGUCGGCUUACCUCCUUCGACGUCAGCACGGAAGCGUUCGCGGAGCUCGAGAUGCCGGAGCCACCGCGGGAGAAACAGAGGAAUCGGGAUCGGACAUCUUCGGGCCUAUAUAUCAGUACGGAGGAUUCGUUUCACAUGGCGAAAGAUGGGUCCUGCCUGGUCGCGGUGUACUCUGGAAUCAGACACAAGAAGCUGUCGCCGGCGGGGGUUUCCUUACAGGUGUGGGUGGCACUGGACGUUGAGGCGCUGGGGCGGCAGGAAUGCUGUUGGAUGAAGUUGUACGACGUUUACGCGGAUGGCGUGAUUCCUGCUCCGGCAACUCCGCCGGAAACAGGGGUUUGGGAGCACGGCGAGUUCUUCUUCGUGCGGUGGAUUCUGAUGGAAGGGGUUUAUAAACCGAUAGAGAAUGGGAUGGUGGAUCAGAUCUCUGGCGGCAAGAACUUUUCGGGGCGAGUUACUUAUCGUCCGUCCACCAUUUCCUUGUCCGGCUAUGGGGAAGCCAAAAAGUCGAUCAUCAAAAGGGCAAAAGACACUUGCCGCUCGAUUUGCCGGAAGGUUUUUGUUGUGUGAUGAUGGAUUGAAGGUCAGAUUUCUUUGUGCACGUUUAGAUACUAAAACACUGUUAAUUGUUGGAAUUUCUCACAAAAAUAUUUUUGUUGUUGUUGUCGUCGUCACUUUGGUUUAUAUACUAAUGAUUUUCUUUUUGAUUUCCGCUUAUAAUUAUACUCAAUAUAAUUGCUGUGCUAGACGGAAGAGGGACAUUGAUGUCGCGUAAUGCCCCAAAUCCCUUCUCGCAAUUCCCUUCUCCCCAUUUGCUACUUCGUUAUCUUUGCCACCGAAAGAAGCAUGACAAGAUUUCUAAGUCAUAUACCGCAGCUGAAUGUCACGUUAUGUCUAAUGUUCGUAUGCACUGUGCAAAAUCAGAGAAUCAUAUAUCGUCUAUCUUCUUACCAAGUACUUCUCAACUAAACGUCAUUGGGAUCAACAGUCUACCAUCCAUGUAUUCGUAAUUUUUGUACUUUAUUUGUAGAUAUUAGAGACCCAUGAAUACAUAAUUAGAUUAUAA